AUGGCAAGAACAUUUUCAGCUUUGAAAGGAAUUCAAUUGCAAUUUAGAAGGAUGACACACAACAAAGUUACUAUAAUCGGAUCCGGACCAGCAGCACAUACUGCUGCCAUAUAUUUGGCAAGGGCAGAACUUAAGCCGGUUCUUUACGAAGGAAUGAUGGCCAAUGGAUUUGCACCAGGUGGACAAUUGACAACCACCACUGAGGUUGAGAAUUUCCCAGGUUUCCCAGCGGGCAUUAUGGGAUCAGACUUGAUGGAUAACAUGAAGAAGCAAUCUGAAAAGUUUGGAACAAAAAUUAUAACAGAGACAAUCUCCAAGGUUGACUUCUCCAGUAAACCAUUCAAACUUUGGACUGAGUUCAACGAGGAUGCUGAGCCUAUCACAUCUGAUUCUGUAAUUAUUUCUACUGGUGCCUCAGCAAAGAGACUUCAUUUGCCAGGUGAGGAUAAAUACUGGCAGAGAGGUAUUUCUGCUUGUGCGGUUUGUGACGGAGCAGUCCCAAUAUUUAGAAAUAAGCCUUUAGCAGUCAUUGGUGGAGGAGAUUCUGCUUGUGAGGAAGCUUUAUUCCUUACUAAAUACGGCUCCAAGGUCUACAUGCUUGUUAGAAAGGACCACAUGAGAGCUUCAUCAAUUAUGCAGAAGAGGGUGCAGAAUAAUCCAAAGAUGGAGGUCUUGUACAACACGGUUAGUGUUGAUACAAAGGGUGACGGUAAAUUCCUCAAUGCACUUGGCAUAAAAAAUGUUAAAACGGGAGAAACAAAGGAUUUGGCUGUUAAUGGAUUAUUCUACGCUAUCGGACACAAGCCAGCUACCGAAAUUUUCAAGGAUCAGAUUGAGUGUGAUGAAACCGGAUACAUCAAGACAAAACCAGAUUCAUCUUUGACAUCCGUGCCCGGCGUUUUUGCUGCUGGUGAUGUUCAGGAUAAGAAGUAUAGACAAGCCAUCACAUCUGCCGGUACAGGAUGUAUGGCUGCUUUGGACUGUGAACACUAUCUUUCUUCUCUUGAGGCAUGA